ACCCACUGUCAUUUGUCAUCGCUCCAUAGUAGUGGGGGAGUGUCAGGGAUCAAGAGAUGCUCUCGCAGUGCCCGGAAUCAGGAGAAUGUGAGACUUUCGAUUGCUCGGGAGAAUGUUAUUGCAUGAAUAGGCUUUGUCAGAUGAUGUAAUGUUGUCUACCCGAAUCAUCCCGCAGAAGUUAUUGAUUCGAGAGAUGAGAUUUUCUUCUUCUCUUAAAAAAUAUAAUAUGUGUUAAAAAAAAGGGGGAAAUAUCUCGGGCAAUAAAGAGAGCUUAAGUUCUCCUUACGAUUUACAGAAACACCAAGACUUUAACUCUUUCUUUCACCUUUGAAUGAGCACAUGACAACGCUCCUUGCCCUUUUCUGAAUGUGUACAAGCUUCACAUGAAUAUGGAAAUGAAUUUCCAUCGAAGUUAUGUGCUGAGCGUGUCAAUAUGAAGACUUAAUAUAAAUCCUUAUUCUGUCAUCUCAAGAUAAAUAAAAUGUAUUCUUGCCACUGAUUUCAUCUUAUAAGAUAUUGCAAUGUAUCCCAUACCGAUGGCACUUUUCCAGGCCUCUUCAGCAAACUACACAGUGCGUGCUACAGAGGCAUCCAUAGUACUCCAGAAAGAACCAUAUAUAAACCAUACUAAUACGUCAAGUAACUCCUUAGGACAUAUGCCCUCCAUUAGCGAUAUUAAUGAUACCAGCAUCAAAAGCACUGGAAGUGAUCCAUGGGUACUGCCCUUCUCUUUAUGGUUCACCAUAUUCAUUGGCGUUAUGAUUGGUUUAUGCAUUAUUAUUACUGUAGCUGGCAAUAUUCUUGUUCUAGCGGCUUUUGCUGUAGAACGUAGCAUAAGACAACCAAGUAAUUACUUCAUCGGCUCUCUGGCAGUAUCUGAUUUAUGCAUUGGAAUAAUAUCGAUGCCUUUUUAUGCUGUGUAUGUCUUGAUGGGCAGAUGGGACCUUGGUCCGAUCACCUGCGAUCUAUGGUUGGCCACCGAUCAUACAGUUUGCCUGGUCUCCAUAUAUACUGUACUUUUGAUUACGAUAGACAGAUUUUGCUCAGUAAAAAUAGCGGCAAGAUACAGAAGUUGGAGAACAAAGACUAAAGUUAUGUGGAUGGUUGCUGUAACAUGGAUUGUUCCUUUCUUGGUGUUUUUCAUCAGCAUUAUGGGAUGGGAACAUUUCAUUGGAUAUAGAGACCUUGAAGAUGGAGAAUGCGAAGUGCAGUUCCUCAAAGAUCCCGUAUUCAACACAUCUCUCAUCAUCGGUUACUUCUACUGUACAUUAUUUGUACUCUUCUGGCUGUAUUGGGGUAUAUACAGGACAGCAAGCCAAAUGCAGAAGAGGUCCAUGGAAAAACAAAGAAAGGUUCAAGCGUUAGUAGCAAUGGGGAGGAGUCAAGCAGACAAUAAGACGUCCUUGGCUGUAUCAAAAACUCAAAGUACCCUUCUAAGUCAAGAUAAAACAAAAAACGAUGUCAAAGCAUUAUCAGUGGGUCUUGCAUUCGGUUCUGCGAUGGGAGGUGUAGCAGGUGCUGUCAUAGGUUCUAUAGCAGCGGCCACUUCAACCAGCGGUCAGCCAUUUCCUACUGCCACAUCCAGCGACCCUAGUGUUGCAACAGGUUCUUCCAAAACAGGCGCCAAUGCUACUAAUGAGAGUUCAGCUGAUUUAAACAAGCCUGAGAAUAAUUCUGACGAGCAAGAUCGGUCCAGUAGCCCAGGAUUCGAUUCCGAUGAUGAGGAGAUUUUGCAGCAAGAAGACGAAAUUAAACCAAAACCUUCAGAUUCAAAGAAACGUAAAAAGGGAAAGAAUCACUUAAGCGGAAUGAGAAAACGUUCACCAUCUUCAGGAAUUCAAAUUCCUAUACCACGUCUAGAACCUCCUUCAAGUCCUUGUCCGAAAGAGAAGCCAUUCAUCCAACUUGUCAUCCCACCACACAAUAUAAUUGAGAAUUCAACUUCCACAGCUGGAACCAAAGCUCUUCUUCAUUAUUCUCCUGAGUCAGAACAAAAUCAUGUGAGUGAUGGAGGAAUAGUAGCCAUAUCAGAAGCUGAUAAAUCUUCUCCAAAAACAGACAGAACUCCGACAACUGCUAUACCAGAAAAGCCUUCAGUUCUCGUCAUUUCAAACGUUGAAUUUAUUGAUCAAGAAAAUUCAACUCCUACAAACAUAGUAGUUGAGAAAGAAGAUAAUCCUCAGCCAUUAUCGAAGCAAAGCAUUCCAACUGUAUCUUAUAAGGUACGUAAGGCGCCAAGCAAAGAAAUAUUCACAGAGGAAGUAGGAAAACAACCACCUCCAUCACAUUGUCCUCUCUCCGGUCUUUCAUUGACAGCACAGAGCACAACUUCUGCUAAAGAGGUUAUUGUUGAAUCUAAGAGCGCUGAAACUAUCACAAGAGUUGCUAAAGUUGGUGAAACUCUGUCUGUCUCUGAACAAGAAGUCACCUGUUUGUCCAAUGCAUCUGAAGCUAAAGCGGAAAAAACAAGGCGAACGCUUGUCAAUGCCCUGAGCAAAAAAAUCAAAGUUCCCGGUAGAAAGAAGAAAAGAAGUCGCAAGAAUGAUAGACGUCACAAAUCGAAGUCUGAAAAUAGAGCUCGCAAGGCUCUAAGGACAAUCUCGUUCAUUUUGGGUGCAUUUGUUGUGUGCUGGACACCGUAUCACAUUUGCGCAUUAGUCGCAGGAUUCUGCAGAGAUGCUACAGGUUGCGUGAAUCAUCAUCUCUUCUAUUUUACUUAUUUUCUUUGCUAUGCCAAUAGUCCAAUCAACCCAUUUUGCUAUGCUAUGGCCAAUCAACAGUUUAAGAAAACAUUUACUCGAAUGUUGAAAGGAGAUUUUCAUAAAACAUAGUAUUCAAUGCGUAAUGAAGAAAGAAUAAAUUUUCAAAUUUAAUUAACUCUUCCUUAAAUUGCUCUUCUAUAUGAUAAAAUAUUAAAAAUAAACAGAGGCUCUUUAUUAUUCAAAUAUGUAUAUGUUUCUGCAAUGACACUUCUGCAGAUUUCUGCUUAAAGCAACUGAUACUAAAUGAAGAACUGCAUUAUUGUUGGUUUUCAGUUUAUAUAAAUGUAUUCCUUGUGGAAUAACGAAACAUGUCAUUUUCGGAAUUUCACUACAAUUUGAGAAAUAUAGGUAUAUCCAGGUACUCACAAUCUUUUAGUUAGGAACAGUUUAGUGAGAAAUGACUUUAAGUACUGUGAAGUAUGUUUGAACUUUAUGAAGAGCUUUGUGAUACCUGGUAUUAUUCCCUGAGCAAAGAACUGUUAGCAUUGCAACGUUAUUAUGCCUCAACCAAUCACAGUACGGUAAUAGUGCCUGCUGUAGACUGGAACUGUUUAUGCAUUUAUAUUAAUUAUUGAGCAUCUUUGUAAUCAGAAAAAUGGAUCUUUCGCCUUUACUCUGUAACUUGUUAAAGAACUAUAUAUGAACUAAUGCUUAAAAAUUAAUAUUUGAUGGAACACUUUUACGGCCUACAGUUUGCAUUAACUUAAGAGCGAGAAAAAAGUGUUAUGUCUUACUAUUUUAUAAGACAUAAUUGGAGGAGAUAAGAAAUCCGAAAUAAAUUAUUAUUUUGUUCUAUGGAUAAAGCUUUUGAUUUCCUCAUUAUUGUGUUCUUUAAAAUAAGUACAUUUAAUAAUUAUCGCAGUUUUAACAGCCACUAAUUUAAAGUAUCUUAACAAAAAGGUCCAUUUUUCUAAUACACUAUUCUUUGCUAAAACAGUUUUAAUUUUCAUACUAAUGGUAUAAACAAACAGAUAUAUAUGAUGAUUUGUGGAACAUUUUAAAUACACUUUACAAAGAAAUCCAUUUCUCUGUAGGUAUAUAUAUAUAUAUAAACUACUGUUUCAAGCAUUAUGUUAAGAGAAAAGUAGCAAAGCACCUCAGAGUUUAUGCUUUACUUAGUUAUAAUAUUCUUCAAAUCCCAUUCCGUAAUUAUGAAAUCAAAAUUUAUUUUUAAUAAUAAUUAGUCUACAGUUGUUAUCAUUGUCGACUAGAGUUAGAGAAUUUUGGAAUGUCUCCAAUAAUUUCAUAAUUGGAAAUAUAUAAAAAAAGCUUCAUAUUUUUUAAAAGUAUCUGAUAAUGAAAAUGCAAGGUAUUUUUUUAAAUGCAUGUGUACAUAUAUGUGAAGUUCAAUAGUAAUCCCAAUUCCUUAGUAAUAAAAAAAACUAUAAUUGGAAAUUUUAUAUAUUAUUUCUCUUUACUUUUUCUUUUAAAGAUUUCUUAAUGUUAUAGCAACCAUAAUCAAAGGAAUAAUGCUAAUCUGUAUGAAUGUCAUCAUUUUAAUAGAAAUAGUGUUUAUGGAAAAACGAGAUAGAGUAAGUACGUUAAGCGCCAAAUCAAGGCAGAGAAUGAUAUCAAAGAAAUAACGAGCUGCAGUAAUUAAGUAAACGUCUUAAUAAGAGAAAUGGUAUUAGUAAAAUAACGAGCUAUAGUAGUUAAGGGUACCAUUUUAAGACAGAAUGGUGUUUAUGGAAUAACGAGAUACAGUAGUUACGUAAACGCCAUAUUAAAAGAGAAUGGUGUUAAUAAAAUAACGAGUUAUAGUAGUUACGUAAACGCCAUAUUAAGAAAGAAUGGUCUUAUUAGAAUAACGAGCUAAUUGUUAAGUAAAUGUCAUAUUAUGAGAUAAAGGAUGUCAGUUACAUAAAAAAAAAACCUCACAUAACAGAGGUUUUUUUCACAUAACAGAGGAAGUAUUCUUUAAAAUAAUGGUUACGAGGAGCAUGUUGAAUUUGGUAGCGUUAUGAAAACAAACUGUUAAACGCACUGAAAUAAUAGCUCAAAAGAAACAAAUAUAGGCUAAUUUAGUUAUAAGCCAAGACAACUACGGCAGAAGUAUCUUGAAUAUUAUAAAACAAAGGUGCUUUUACUCCAGAAAGCUAGAUAUGAAACAAGCAUAUUCAAACUUACACGAGAGAGCGAUGAUACAGUAACUUCUCUCAGUUCAAAUGUUGUAGUACUGUAUAACUGUAUACUAAAUGCAAAUGAAAACAUUCUAGAGAUCAUUAAGGUAAGCGUGAUUUCAUGAAGUAACUUGAAAGAAAAUGGGAUUUUUUAUGAAUGGUUCUAGAAAAUCUAAUUUCUAAAGCUAGUUAGUCUUUAAGCUAAAUAGCUAGAAAUUGCGUCAUUAAUUGUAAUCUUGAUGUUAGUGUUUAGCUGUAAUAUUAAGUUAAAUAACAGUGAUGCUUGUAAAGACUCAAACAGUAAUGUUACUGUCUUUUCAUAUGCCAUGAUGCUUAAAUGUUUAUAAAAUCAAUUGUCGUCUUUCUGAAUUUUCAUAUUGCCAAGAACUUAGUUGGAGAGAAUUUUUUAAAGUAUCAAAUAUUUUCUCCGUCUACAGUUCGUAUAUCAUUUAUACACAUAAGCCCAAUUUUUUAGAUAUUUCAUGAUUUUAAUAACCUUAGAUGUCUGUCUUGCCUUAGGUGUCACUAAAUCUAUUUACAAAAGAGUAAAAAAGUAUUUAUAUCGAUAAAUAGGAUGAUGCUUCAUUUGGACAGCUCUUGCUAUCCUUUGAUCAGCUCAUCAGUUAGCAUUUAUUUUAACAUAUGUAUUUAUUUCACUUAGUACAUCAUAAUUUUGUUAAAAUAUGAUUAAUGUUUACUAAAGUAUGAAUGUAAAAAUAUGCAUGUGUGCACAUUACUUUCAGAUGUUAGGUCUUGAAUCAACGUAGUUUGCGUAACGUUUUUAUAAAAGUGAAGUUCUGUAGAAAUUUAGAUUCAUCUAUUACAUAUUGUGAUAUAGACUGAGUGUAUUGAAAUGCACCAAGUUGCAUGAAAAACAAUGUUUUUACAAUAUUGUCCACAUAAUCAGUGCGAUAUCCACAUUUUCGGAGGGAUAAUAUUUUACCUUUAACUGUGGGAAUUUAUUAAAUUUAUCGUGAUAUUACUGCUGAAAAGAAAUGAAUUUAUAAUGACAAUUUAAUUUAUCAUGAAUAAAUUUUGCUUAUUUUAUAGAGCAUGUCAAAAAUAUGAUAGUUGUUUGGGCAUAAAUAAAUGCUUACCUAUAAAUUUAUCUCUAACAAAUAAAUAUUUGUGUGUCAAUCAUUUACUGCGCAGAUGUUGAAAACUACAUAAAGAAGAAAUCUUAUCCCUCCUUUCGUAUGCUUGUAUUUAAUUUGAUAUAUGAGUAUAUAUCAAUGGAAUGUAAUAUGUUGCAUGAUAAAUUUUAAAUUUUAAUUCCAAUGUGCAGCUAGUAAUUUAUAAAUAGCCUUUUAUUAACAAAAUUAAGUUUCAACAUUUGCCUAUUCGCUUUGCUUUGCAUGGAUUUAUAUUUCAGCGUUUGAUGUAGUAGCUUUUUUCACCACUUUUCAAUAGUAGGUACUUCAGUGUAACGAUCAUAAUCUAUAAAUUAUUACUUUUAUGAUAUGUGCUCUGUGACGUAAAAAAAACAUAUUUUUUAGAUUUACCCUGAAUAAUUUCUGUAAAUAUUUUUAGUACUACAAGCCUUUGAAUCAUAAAUGUAUUACAAUUAAAAUAUAUAAGAUAUAACAUGUUUAAUACUUGCUUAAUAUACAGUUCUUGUCAGAUAUAUAGAUUUUUUUUCGAAAUGUGCAAAAUUUUAAAACUGGUAUAUUUUAAACAUAAUGUUCGGCUAAAAUAAAACGUUUAGCAAACUUUACGCUAUGCAGUUUAUGUUACUUGACACGGCUGCGUAAUCUAUGCCAUUUAACACGGUCAUUUUAUCGCCUCUUCAUUAGCAAGGCAAGUCAACCCUCCAACAAUUUCUGAGUAUAAAUUACCUAUCUACUUAUUUGCUUAAUUUAGCAAAAAUUCUGUAUUUUAGACUUAAAAUAUUAUUUGUUUCUUUCUUCUUCUACUCCUCCUUUUAUUCCUAAAUAUUCAGUCAGUUUUUUAUUAAACAAUAAAAAAUAAUCCUGCACAAUACAAUAUUUUUAAGUUAACUACGUAAGAAUCCUUUAAUCAAUGCAAUUCGUUUAAAAUACUUAAGCAUUUAAGAUACGAUAAUACAUAGUUACAACAUAUUUUUCACUUAUAAUAAUGUGAAAUAUUUUUUCACUUAUAAUAAUGUAAAAUAUUUUUUCACUUAUAAUAAUAUAAAACACUGAAUAAUUAAGCAUUCUGUUAUCUGUGUCAAGUAACAUACAUACUUACAAGCGAUUACUUAUAUCACAUAUAUCAAAUUAUCAUCUAGUUUAACGUAUGUACGUUUAUUUAAUGAGUAAAUAUGUAAUAAUCUAAAGGUAUAAGUGAAAUAAGAUUUGCCUUUUUGUGGUUAUGUCGUCCUUCCAAAAAUUUUAUUUGUUUAACAUCUAGAAAGAUGUUUUAAGCAGUCUUUGCUAAACACUUUAAUUUUUCAAUAACUUCUUUAAAAUAUACCUAUUUGAUCAUAUUAACAGACAACAAACUAGGCAUUAUCCGUACGUUCACUCUUUUCAUAAUAUAAAGGCAAACGCGUUUAGAAAUUUCUAUAUGUAGGUUUGUAUAGAAGGGCUACUUCUUAAAAAUUUGGCCCAUCAUCCCUCAUCUAAUGUUCCUACUUAUACAUUUUCUUUCUUAACCUAAAUGUGGGACCUAAAUGUUUGUGUAUGGCUGGAUGUAGUGUCUCGUGCGUCUUUUCUAUGUUAGCUACUACGUAGCGUCUGCGUCAAUUUAUCCUUCAAGUAAAUCAACAUAAUACUUGAGUACUAGACAGCGGGACUAUAUAGUAACCUUGGUUUUCGACAUGAGUUUGUAUUUUACAACUCAGAUGCCAAAGUGAAAAUUUCAUUGUAACUAUUCUAUUCUGAAAACUCUAAUAUUUUUAGAGCUUUUACAUUACGUAGUCACGUCUGUUUCAAGUAUACUUAAGAGCUAUUUUUGUGCCGUUUAUGAUUAUUAGUAAUUUUUACUACUAGCUCGUUGACUGUAUUGCAUGUUUAUCAUAUAGCAAAGGUAAAUGUAAUACUGCAUAAAGGGUUUCAUAAUGCAAAUUUCUUACACAUGGAUAAUGUAAAUCAAAAUAAAAUAUAAACAAAUAGGGAUCAAUGAAGUUAGUAACAUACUUUCCGAAAACAUAUUUUGCAGUUUGAAGUUUGAAGCUUUAUUUAAACCAUUCUUUGUUUCACUUAUUCAAUAAUGCAUUGAUAAGCGUCACUUACAGAUCAAGAUCUCAUGUCUCUUACACAUCAAGCUCUCAUGUAACUGCUUCCGGAAAGCAGAAUUCAGAUUGUAGAGACAUUAGGUUAAUUAGAAAAGCCAGAUAGAUGAAAAAUUAGCAACGCCUUCGCCUGGAAUCGAACCGCGGACCUCUGAUAUACUAGCUCAGUGUGCUGACUAUUGCAC